AUGAAAAGCUAUAGUAAGGAUUAUGGUAGACUGAUGGGAUUGGGUUUCUGGGAGAUGUGGUACUAUCCUACUCUUAAUAAGGGUAAUUAUAUUAUUAUAAUAGUUAAUCUUAUCUAUCUAGUAUCUAAUCCUAGUAAGGUUAUUGAUAUAUUUAUGAUUCUUAUUAUUCUUGAUUAUUAA